ACCAGCCCAACUGUUUUCCUCUUCACUGUCAACGCAGACUUCCACAAUGGCUGGUGUGGCAUCUACGUUGGCCAAGAAGAGGGCAUUGGCCGCUGGGUUUGGCACUAAUGCCAACGCGUCAAAGUACCUAAACCAAGACUUCCAAUCUCUCAGGAGCGAGUGUCUGAGAAAAGGUUCGAUAUUUACCGAUUGCACUUUUCCGGCUGCACCCGAGUCGCUCGGAUUCAAAGAACUCGGCCCGAAUACUUCCAAAACCAGAGGUGUGCAAUGGAAGCGACCCGGGGAACUGGUGUCCAACCCAGAAUUCAUAGUUGGUGGAGCCACGAGAACCGACAUCUGCCAAGGAGGUCUGGGUGACUGCUGGCUCCUGGCAGCCAUCGCCUCUCUGACCCUGAAUGAAGAUGUGAUGGCCCGGGUCGUUCCUGAAGGACAAGGAUUUGGACGUGGAGAGUACGCUGGGAUCUUUCACUUCCAGUUCUGGCAGUUUGGUGAGUGGGUGGACGUGGUGAUUGACGACCGGCUGCCAACGAAGGAUGGAAAGCUGCUGUUUGUUCACUCAGCCGAGGGCUCUGAGUUCUGGAGCGCCCUGCUGGAGAAGGCCUACGCCAAGGUAAAUGGAUGCUAUGAGGCUCUGUCAGGUGGCUCCACCACUGAGGGCUUUGAGGACUUCACAGGAGGGAUAGCAGAGAACUAUGACCUGAAGAAGGCUCCCUCCGACCUGUUCCAGAUCAUCAGGAAAGCCCUGGCCUCUGGAGCUCUGCUGGGCUGCUCCAUUGACAUCACCAGUCAAGCAGACUCGGAGGCCGUCACCUAUCAGAAGCUGGUGAAAGGACACGCCUACUCUCUGACCGGGGCUAUGGAGGUGAACUACCGUGGUGGUCAGAAAACUGUUUUUUCUCUCUGUCUCUUUCUCUCUCUCUCUAGCUCCUCGGAGUGGAACAGCGUUGAUUUUUCUGAGCGUGACGUUGUGAAAGCAGACGAUGGAGAGUUCUGGAUGUCGUACACAGACUUCAUGAAGAAUUACCAUCGUCUGGAGAUCUGCACUCUGACCCCUGACACCCUGACCUCCGAUGAUACAAAACAAUGGAGUGUGACCAACUACGACGGGGCCUGGAGGAAAGGAUCGACCGCAGGAGGAUGCAGGAAUAAUGCCCACACGUUCUGGAUGAAUCCCCAGUUCAAGAUCAAUCUGGAGGAAGAGGAUGACGACCCGGGGGAUAAUGAGGUGGGCUGUAGCUUCGUGGUGGGACUCAUCCAGAAGAACAGAAGACGGAUGAGGAAAGUAGGAGAGGACAUGCACACCAUCGGAUUCGCCAUCUAUGAGGUGGGGCUUGUGGUGUUCUCAGAGAAACAGGCCCAGCUUUACCAAUGUGAAGACCGUGUAGAGGCUAAACUAGACAAUGACACUGUGUCUGAAGCGGAGGUUGAUGCUGGGUUCAGAGGUCUGUUCGCCAAGCUAGCUGGAAAAGACAUGGAGAUUUCAGCAGCUGAGCUCCAGUCGAUUCUCAACAAAAUCAUAGCUAAACGAACGGACAUAAAGACGGACGGCUUCAGCCUGGAAACAGCCAGAGUCAUGGUCAAUCUCAUGGACGACAACGGUAACGGACAACUGGGUCUGGGAGAAUUUGCGACACUGUGGAAGAAGAUCCAGAGAUACUUGUCCAUUUAUAAGAAGAAUGACAUGGAUAACUCUGGCACCAUGAGUACCCCAGAAAUGAGGAUGGCCUUGAAGGAUGCAGGUUUCAGUCUGAACAACGCCAUCCACCAGAUUCUGGUUGUUCGGUAUGGAGAGGCUGACAUGACCAUCGACUUUGAUAACUUUGUCGCCUGCAUCAUGCGGCUGGAGAUGAUGUUCAGGGUCUUCAUGAAGAUUGACACGGCUAAUACUGGCUCUAUUGAAUUGGAUAUCCAUCAGUGGUUGUCAUUUACCAUGAUCUAGAACACUGCAGACAUAAAAAGACGUCUGUAAAUCUGUCAACUUUAUGUUUGGAGCCAGGAGCGCAAGAGAGCUCUCUGCAAAUCAUUCAACCAAAGUGCCUUUUUAUAGACGUUUAUUUUGAAAACACGGUAUUACAUCACAUCCUGUUUUAAAUCUUUAUUUGUUUUAUUAGAUGUAGCCUAGCUGUCUAGGCCUAUUGAAAGUUGCUUACAGAUUAUAUUUGUGUGAUAAAUGUAUCACGAAGUUCCGAUCCUUUUUAUGCAGAUUUGUGUCGCUCAUUUUGUCAUGUUUUGAAAAGAAAAGCCUUUCUAUAUGUCUCAAAGCUAAUAAACACCAUUAUUAUUA